GUUAAUUAUUAAUUCAUGUAUAUAGGUUCCCGAUGGAAUAGAGAAUAACAAGGGAAAUAUAUACCUAACAAGUACAAGCCCACCAAAUGUGGUUAAAGGUUAUUACGAACAAUAUGAAAGAGAUUUUGUAACAUUUUUAACAUAUCGAUCGAAAGAAUUGGUGAAAAAUGGACGUAUGGUAUUGACUAUGUUGGGGAGAGAAAACGAAGAUCGCUAUAGUAAAGGAUGUUCCUACGAGUGGGAACUUUUGGCCAUGACCCUUAAAUUUUUUAUCGCACAGGGAUCAAUAGAUGAAAAGAAAGUGGAUUCAUUCAAUAUUCCUUUAUACAAUCCAUCUCCAAAAGAAGUGAUGUAUAUAGUUGAAAAGGAGGGAUCUUUCACCAUUGACAUCUUGAAAACUUCAAAAAUUCAUAGAAAUUCUUGUGAUGAUGAGAAAUAUAAUAUGGUACAAAGUUUUAGAUCUGUGGCUGAACCUUUGCUUGUUAGCCAUUUUGGUCAUGAUGAAUUGAAUAUGGAUCAAGUGUUUCACAAGUACAACGAAAUAUUUGUCAACGAUUGCAGGGCGAAAGAAAAAAUUAUGUUCGUAAAUGUUAGUGUCUCCUUGUACAAAAGAAAUUAGGGCAUGUUGUCCGUGCAUCGCCACGGACUCGAACCCUAAUUUCCCUUUUGUUAUUUAGGUUUCAAUUGCUUGACAUGUAAUAAUAAUCUUAUCUUAUUAGAUAUUAAUGACAAUGUAU